CGGCUGAGAUCGAAGUUGCAGAAGCUACUGGUUCAUUGAACGAACUAGCUCGUCUCUUCCCUGACCCUUCACCAGUUCACCCCUUCUUCCCUCUUGCGCUCUCCAAUUCGGAUUAUUUCAGUUAAUAAUUUUUUUAUUAUCUCCAAUAAAGAUAGAAACCCCCAGUUAUUCGAUUCUUCUAUCUCUCUUAUCUCUCCACUUCAACAUGAAAAUCGCCGAGCUGGAAGGAAUAGUUUUGAAGGAGGUUGAGGCCGAGGAGGAACUGAUGAUUCCGGCGGUUGACGACGGAGAGGCGGAGGAGCAAGCCGCCUUUGUUGAUGAGGACGUCGACGAGGAGGACGACGGCGAAGACGAAGACGAUGACGACGGAGAUGAAGAUGAAGACGACGAUGAAAGCGUUGACGACGAGGAUUCCGAGCAGGCCUUGCCCUCGUCUGAGCCUCCUGUCGUCCACUCCGUCGGAGACGAGGAUGACGACGACGAAGAUGAGGAAGAAGACGAGGACGAUGGUGGGGACGAUGAUGAUGAUGACGACGACGAUGACGACGACGAUGAGGACGACGAGCAGGGAGAGAAGGAUUUGAGUACCGAGUACCUCCUGCGACCAGUGGGGCGCCCUGAAGAGGAGGAAGAUGCAAGCGACUUCGAACCGGAAGAGAAUGGCGAGGAUGAGGACGAGGAAGUCGACGAGGACGACGAUGAACUGGGCAAGUCUGCUGGUUCUGCAAAGCGAAAGAGGGUGAGCAAGGAUGAAACCGAUGAGGAUGACAACGAUGAUGAUGACGACGAUGAUGGUGGGGAGGACGAUGUGAGGCCAUCAAAGCGAUGAUAUACGAUCGUGGUGUUUGUUGGUGAUGUAUUGAUUUAGGGUUGUGACCAAAAUUUAACUCUUAGUUGGGCAGUUGGUUUGAUCUCUUGGAUUAAUGGUAUGAAGUGGGCGUUUGUGGCUGUUAGACUGGCCGCAUAGAAUCCAAAUUAUACGACCAAGUAGUCAUCCGUGGCAUGUUAUGGAGUAGUAGACUUGGUUCGUUAUUUUUGUUGUAGCUUGUAGUUAGGGAUUUGUUCAAGCUUUGUCUUUUCGGUUUCAUCUCCUCUGGCUUCAAGUUGAGUUGGAUUCUUCGGGUUUUUAGGCACCUCAAUUGGAUUUGGUUUCACUAACGGUGGUAUUUUAAGAAUUGGAGGGUAGUCAACGAUUAGAUGCAACUUGGAUUGAUAAAUCCGCCAAUCCAGUGUAUUUCAUCAUCAAUUCAAUCACCAAAGCCAUUUGACAUAUCUACCCAUCCUAUCGGGAAUUGGUGGCGAAAGGCCGAAAUCAUCACAUUUCAUACAUCAUACCCACGCUUCCCAAUACUUAUUCUGCCGACAGCUCUUCUCACUGUCCAAAUUGAUUACUUGGCCUUGGUUCAACCGUAGCAAUCGGAGCAGAUCAGGUCAGUAACCCAUAUGGUGAGACCAUCAAUAACCUAUUCACAUUCGCAUGACAUCAGCAUGCCCUCUCUCCUGAAAAGUCUUUUAUAUUUUCUCUUUUAAUCUUUAAUGGACGAUUUCUCUUUCAUUUUAGGUCGAAAUUUAAUUUUUUUUGCACAGAUAAAUCAGAUUAAAUGUACUCUUUAAAAUGAUAUCCACAUUGAUAUAUUUUUAGUACAAAUUGAAAUUUUUUUUACCAUUCAUUACCAUAUGGUAUGCUCAAAUUUAAUACCAUAUAGUAAGAAAGCGUACCAUGAUGGUAUGACACAUACCAAUAUGGUAAGAAGGUUGAAUACAUGAUAGUAGGAGUAUACUAACUGUCAUUUACGACUUUCAUCAUUGUUUACCACAACUUACCACCCACAUACCAUAGUGGUAAAAUAUGGUAAUUUUUUGUCCAGUAUUUUUUUUCACCCAGAAAUUUGUAGAUCCAAUAGAUAAUGACGAACUCGUUCCUUCUGAGCAAACGUUUUCAAAAACGACUUAAAAACGAAGAAGUUACCAUAUGGUAUGUAGUUGGUAAAAAAAAAGUUUCUCGAAAUAUAUUGAAAAUUGAUCUCAUUUUGUAGAGCACAACGAACUCGUUCCAUGUGUGCAAAAAAAAUUGAAAUCCGAGUUAGAACGAAGAAGAUUAGAGCCGAUUAUGAAAACUAGGGAAAAUAAAAUGUUUUUAAUUGACAACCCUUAGAUCUGGAAAAUAAACUCGUUCCAAUAGAUAAUGACGAACUCGUUCCUUCUGAGCAAACGUUUUCAAAAAUGACUUAAAAACGAAGAAGUUACCAUAUGGUAUGUAGUUGGUAAAAAAAAGUUUCUCGAAAUAUAUUGAAAAUUGAUAUCAUUUUGUAGAGCACAGCGAACUCGUUCCAUGUGUGCAAAAAAAAUUGAAAUCCGAGUUAGAACGAAGAAGAUAAGAGCCGAUUAUGAAAACUAGGGAAAAUAAAAUGUUUUUAAUUGA